AUGGCUCGUGCUGGGGCUAGUGUGGCUGCUACGCCACACACCGCCCAAGCUACAACGACGUCAUUGCUUCGAUGCGCGCAUCUGAGCCCCGAGCACUUCGCCAUGGUUGAUCGCCCCGAUGGCCAAGCAAACGACGAUACCUUCCAGGAGGAGCCUGAGCAAUACCGCGGGCUGGACCCUGCGUCUUAUACAGCACAGCGCCUACGCCAUGCAUCUGCUCGCCAUCUUCACCUAACAUCCCGGCGGUGCUUCAUUGGCCCAGUGCCUGACGAUUGGGUACAUAGCCAUUCCAAGUCUUGGUAUCGAUCGAGACUGGAAUUCAAGGAUUACGCGGCCAAGAAAACCACUUUUUCGGCCAAAACAUCUUCAUUCGAACAAGCUCAGCGCCACACUUCCCUCGACGCUGUCACUGAUUCCGACAACACUAGCCCUUCACCGGAAAGAGCAUCGGACGAUACACCGGAGCCAGAACCCGAGCAUGAAUUAUCCUCCAGGACACCGAUCGCGAGCCACAGCUCUACGAGCAAUGAGUCGGACGAUGAGAAUUCCAGAGACGAUGAUGUUACGAUCCGCGGGACUACUAACAACACAGUGGCAUCCAGCUCGUUUGUUACUGCUAGAGAGUCUCUGUCAUAUGAGGAGCCAUCUCCAUACCUAUCUCCCACACACUAUUCACUGCCAAAUACUCCUGCCGAAACAGGCGGUGCUAGUCCCAGUCUGAACGUUUUGGCGCCGCAAGACACUCGCGCCUCACAAUUAUCAACACCCGCCGCGUCUGCUAUGGAUGCAGAGUCAACGACCUCUCUUCUUCGUCAUAGGGACAACAAAAAGGCUUCUGCUAAAACUCUUCGUUCGCAGGAACCUCAGCCCCAUGAUAAUCAAGAAGCCGUUGCCAAUCCACCAGACAAAGGAGGAGGCAGACUUGCUCGCUUCAACCUUGAGGACAAUGUUUUUGAUCGACAGCAGCGUAUUCGCUCACGAAUAGAACGGACACAAGAUAAGAUAUCCGCUCAUAGGCCCCGAUGGAGUAAAGGGAGUGAAGGCGAAAUGGUCAGAGCACAAAAGAUGCUGGUGCGGGUUGAACAGACUGCAAGAGAACUUCCGCCUGACUACUCGGAAAAUGACAGUUUGCGGAUGGAGUCGAGGGAAAUCGCAAAAUGGCGCGAGUAUGUGGUCGUAUGUCGCAAGGCUUCUGACGAGCAUGCUCCCUUUACGCUGAAGAUGUACAAAUCUCGCGUCAUCCAGGAUGUUGAAAAGUCUAGCAACUCUGCAUAUUACGAAAUUCCUCUCAAUCACACGAGAACUAGGGUUAAUCUCUAUUCCUCGCUAGACAAAACCGUCGUUAUUUGGCACCCAGACAAACGAGGCACCCGGAUCUACAUUGUGAGACCACGAUCUUCAGCACAUGCGGUCGAGUGGUAUACUUUUAUAAGACAGGCAUUGGGCUGGCAUCGUCCAACGUCGCUGUUGAUCAAUGUUCCUGAUCUGGGCAUAUCUUUGGUAUUCAAAGACCCAUUUGACCAAGACCACCUCGGCACAAAGGGAUCGCAAGAUAACGAACCAGUGAAACGGUCAAAAGAGAAAAUAGCUGCUGCAGCUAUCAUCCGUGAAUGUAUGAGUAUGAUAAAGGAGCGAAACGAGCGGUCUCAGGUCUUGGAAGGGUGGUCCAAAACAGCGAAGAUGGGCUUGGCCUGGAAACGGUUCGACCGUUUGGAAUGGAUACACGGUGCUAACGAAGGCCAGAUGUAUGGGACUAUAGCAAUGCAGAGCUCCCAUGAUCUCGAGCUUCGUCCGAAACAUCAUUAUCCCGCCACUGUGAAGUCCUCUAGUAAUACAACAGAAGAGCCAGCUCCUCUGGAGGGCUUUCUCGUCCGGCUUACAUCGCAAAGUGGUGCACAGCAGCGGUUCGGCAAGAAGUUCUACAAGAGGCAGUACUUCUACACUCAAGAUCGCUUCCUCUGCUUUUGCAAACAGGGUAAAGCAAUACCUCCUUACCCUUCAAUUGAAGAAAUAGAAGGGGAUGCUAUGCCUUCUCAUGACGCCAGUUCCCAAGUAUCCUCGUCUGAUAAAAUCGACCCCUUUUCAAUCCGUGAUGACAGCAUUGCUUGGCUAGACAAUGGCAAUGAGGAGUUCAUUCGCAGGCGAGAUGAAACUGCAUUCGCUCACUUUAUGAGAACUAUCCACAACUUGACGAAUUCAGACGGUUAUUUGGAUCUCUGCCAGGUGCAAAACAUCCAACCUCUAAACAGCGGUCAAACUUCACAAUCAAACAGGCAAAAUAACCAGAAUGACGAUUGCAUAUUCGAAAUAACUUUAGACAAUGGCCUUGCAGUCCAAUUUGAAGCACAAAACAAGGGAAUUAGAGAUGAAUGGGUAAAGCGUCUUGAUGAGUUAAGUCAGUACUGGAUGGCGCGAACGAAAGCAGAUGCGGAUGAACUCAGGGGGAUUCGUCGCCAUAACCUCAAAUUGUUAGACAUUGAUGAGAGGACCGAAUCCAUUCUCGGACAAUUUGCUAGCAAGUGGGAAGUGAAGAGGGCCGAGGCAUCGCCACAUCUUUACAACAUGUGCCAUAUCACUGGUUGUCGGCCUAUCAAGAUGUCGGGCCAGUUGUACCGCAAACCUCGCCGUCGUUCAACGUUUCAUCGCUGCCAAGUCAUCCUUACGUCGGGCCAGCUUCUAAUCUUCCAAGACACCCUUCGCCAGCGGUCCGGUGUUGAGGUUCCCCAUAUCCACAAGGAGCGUGUGGCUACAUUCGAUCUACAAGACUGUUACAUCUACUCGGGCAUCUUGAGUGGAAAUGACCUCCUUUACGCCAACCAAACAUUUGACAACCACUAUCCUGGUCAUCAUGCGUUGCCACGGAUCUACCUGUCUCAAGAUGGCUGGACUAGUAGGGAUGAGGACACGGCUAUAUGCUUCGUGAUUUGGCGCCCCACACACAAGAGUCUCUUUCGAGCUUCCGAGACGCACGAUGGCAAGAGAAACCGAAUGCUUCGCCAAGUCUCGGUGCUUGGCGUUCCUGGGCGAAGCAUUGUCUUCAAAGCCAGAAGUCGGAUUGAGAGGGACCGAUGGGUGUUGGGCAUAGAGUCAGAAAUUGAUCGAUUGCAAGAAGAAAGGGGCGAGGAUGUGAGAAUCGUCUAG